UUAUAGGGGGAAAAAUUAAAGGAGUAACUCAGCGAAGGCGCGCGCGUGUAUAUACUAUGUGGAGGCGUCUGCUUUUGGUUUAAGUUCAGAACAGGAGAGUAGCUUCUGCCGCUGCUUCCAUCCUUGGUCCUCUACCACUUACUGUUCUUGUACUCCACCUCCAUUUCGUGUCCUGGAUAGCCAAGAGCUAGAAGCAACCAAUCCAAUCCCGAACGAGAAUUAAACGGUGGGAAUUUUUGAGAUCGCGAGCUCAUCGUCGUCACCUCCGGCCAUUCCAUUUCCAUCUUUGCGUCUGUAAGCCGAGAUACACGCGUCCAUCCCCGGAAACAGGGACGGUUCGCCUCCUUCUUUCUCAAGCAUAUACUCUUUAAAUGCGGGCUUGUCUUUAGGUGAUUACUGAGGAGUAAUCACUGUUUAGGCGUGGUUCGUUUCCUCUGUCAGUCGUCUCACCUACUGUAACUCCAAUCUCUAGUGAAUUACUGUUGACCGCCAAUGGAGAGAACCACCCCGGUUAGGAAGCCUCACACUUCCACCGCAGAUCUGCUUACUUGGUCUGAAACUCCACCUUCUGAUUCUCUGGCUCCUGGCUCUGCCGCUGUCCGUUCUCACCAGCCGUCGGAUGGGAUCAGUAAGGUGGUGUUUGGGGGUCAGGUGACGGACGAAGAAGUCGAGAACUUAAACAAACGGAAGCCUUGUUCGGAGUAUAAAAUGAAGGAGAUCACUGGCAGUGGGAUCUUUGCAGCCAAAGGAGAUGAGGACAUGCUAGAGCCUGGCAGUGCCAACCCCACUCCAAAUAAAACUGGACUGCGCAUGUAUCAGCAAGCAAUUGCUGGAAUUAGUCACAUCUCCUUUGGUGAGGAGGAGAGUGUUUCCCCCAAAAAGGCCGCUACUUUGCCUGAGGUAGCCAAGCAGCGUGAGCUAAGUGGAACCUUGGAAAGUGAAUCGGACUCUAGGAAGAAGCUGCUUUCUGAUGCAAAGUGCAAGGAGCUUAGCGGUCAUAACAUAUUUGCUCCUCCGCCUGAAAUCAAACCCCGGCCAGUAACUCCUCGCAUUCUGGAAUUGAAAGGAAGCACUGAUGGAGACGAACACAAGGAAUCAAUUACCAAGACAGCAAAGAAGAUUCAUAACCAGAAAUUUACUGAUCUUUCAGGAAAUGACAUUUUCACGGGUGAUGCGCCGCCUUCAUCUGCUGAGAAGCCACUCAGCGUGGCUAAACUGCGAGAAAUGAGUGGCAGUAACAUCUUUGCUGAUGGAAAGGUAGAAUCUAGAGACUACCUAGGCGGCAUUAGGAAGCCACCUGGGGGUGAGAGCAGCAUUGCCUUGGUAUAGCCUUUUAGGUCUGUGUUAUGUUGCUACUGUCUUGUUUCGUUAUUGUUACUGGGGAUGCGUUAUGGUAUUAUUUGACCUCGCACUUCUGGGAUUUGGGACUCAACUGUUUUAGGUUUCUUAAUGUCUUCACCAAAAGGAACCAUUUACUUAAUGAAGUGAUCAGGGCUGUGCAUCUGAUUUAUUUCCUGA